GUGAUCUCUUCCUUGUAAGCCUAUCUAUCAUUUCAUUGCCUUCAUUUAUCCUGAAGCCCACCUGGUAGUUCUAAACAUAUGUAUGUACCUCAAGUGAGCAAUCUUCUUUUUCUUUAGCUAUUAAAUUUAAAAUAUUGAAUAAAACUCUGUCCCACAGUUCUUAUCAUUAUAAUCGCCAGUCAGUCAAAGUUUUAGGAAAAACUUCCUAUCUGUUCAUCAAGUGCAUUUUGCGAAUAGACUAGUAUAAAUUAAGUGUUUGCUUAUGGACCUGGAUAAAAAUAUGCAUGACGGAAUAUUAUUCUAUAAAGGUGCACUCAUGUGAAACUAAUUUGAUAAUAUAGUUUUGAACAUACAUACCUAACAACUUUUCAGUUGUAUAAUGGUGUCAGUGAGAAUUGCUCUAUUUCUGGCUUUAGCCAUAUCAGUAAUCGCAGGGAUUUCUGGUACAAAGUGCUACUUAUGCUCUUCUCUACAAGAUGAAAAAUGCAGAAGUGCACAGAAUCAGGAUUCAUACCAUUUAGAUUGCGCACGAUUCACCCCCGUAUCAGGACAGAAUUACACGUGUGGAAAAAUUGAGUUUGUUGAGGGUGAAACAAUCCAAGUAGUCAGAGGUUGUAUGAUUAGCGACAUAACCUGUGAAGAUAUAGAGAAAGUCGCACCGGUCAAGAUAACGGACUGUACAAUUUGUGAUACCGACUUCUGCAAUGGAGCAUAAAGUCAAAUUCUUACAUUGAGUAAAAUGUUUGAUUAA